AUGAAUUUUACUGGAAAUUCACAAGAAAUGGAGAAUUCAGAGUUAAAGGUGCAUACCACCGAAUUAUGCAAGAAAAGAAUCGCCAAAAACAGAAGCAAACCCCUCCUAGACCUGAACGAACCAAGAUGGGGGAGAUUGUGGAAAGCCAGAGCCCACCCCAGAGUAAUAAACUAUGUGUGGAGAGUGUUGAACAAUUCACUUCCAACUCGCCUCAACCUGCAAAAAAGAGGAGUGAAUUGCAUAGCGCUGUGCCCAAGGUGUUGGAAAAAGAAGGAAACAGAACAUCACCUACUCAAAGAGUGUGAAUUUGCUCGUUGUUUCUGGUUUCAUAGCCAAUUGGGAAUUCGUACCUCAGAUUUCCUUGAUUUGGACAUCAGAAAGUGGAUUGAAGAAUUAUUGGAUAAAUUGGACAUGGAUUUGCAGGGUCUUUUAUGCACGAGCAUUCUCCACCUUUGGGUUGCACGAAACGAAGUCCUCCACGAAGAAGUAGAUAGAUCACCCAUGGAAGUAGCAGACAGAGCCAUGAAGAAUUUCAAAGAGUACCAAAAAGCUCUCACAGUAAUUGAGGAUGUAAUUCACCCACCUCCGCUAGGUUCACAAAGUGUAGAAUUUUGGAGAAGACCACCAACCCACAAGCUGAAAAUUAAUGUGGAUGCAUCAUGCAUUGAUGAGGAGACAGUGGGAAUAGGAGCAGUGGCAAGAGACUCAGAAGGAACCAUACUCAUGUCUGGCAUGUGGAAAGUAAAUUUAUCUAUUAAGUCACAUGAGGCUGAGGCUUUAGCAUGUUUGAUGGGCUUAGAAAGAGCUCGAAAAUGCUGUUUUUUUGAUAUUAUUGUGAAGAGUGAUAACAUUGAGGUCAUACAAAGUCUUAGAGAAAAAAGAAUUCAAAGUAAUUAUCUCAGUACUUUUAUUGUUGACUGUUUGCAUCUAAUUCCUAGUUUUAGAUCAGUAGAAUUUUCACAUGUUAAGAGAAAUGGUAAUAGGAUAACUCAUGAAUUAGCAAAUAUGGCUCUUACCACUCCAAACACAAUGUGGAUGGAAGAAGCACCCCAAAAUAUCUGUAAUAUGGCCUGGUUAGAACGCCUAGGACCUAUUCAUGAAUGA